AUCACUCAGGUUAAUGACAAUAUAUGUCAAUAUCAAAGUCGUUAGAUAAGUUAUAAUAAAUAUUUCUCCAGAACUUGGUGCGAAAGCCGGAGCAGGAUUAGGAGGGGAAGCAGGAGGAGGAGUAGAAGGGGGAGCAGAAGCUGGAUUUGGAUUUGGCAUGAACGGCGGAGCAGAAAUUAUGGGGGAAGCAGAAGGGCAAAUAGGAGGGGGAUUUGGAUUUGGCAUGAACGGCGGAGCAGGAGAGGAAGCAGAAAAGGGAGCAGAAUGGGCAGUAGGAUGGACAGCAAGAUGGGGAACAGAAAGAGGAACAGGAUUGGGAACAGGAGGGGGAGCAGGAUGGGGAGCAGGAUGGGGAACAGGAGAGCAAAUAGGAGGGGAAAUUGGUGGAAGUAUGGGAGCAGGAGCACAAGGAGGCGGCAAAUAAUGAUCAUGAGAAUCAUAAGGAUCAUCGUACAAUGAAUUUUAUGCUCUUUAGGUCUCUGGAUGUGGAUAUUGAAGCCUAUCAUUAUAAAAUA